UUCAGAUAAACACAUUCAAAGGCGAUGGCCCUAACGAAAUUCCGUAUUUAUUAAAUGAGCAUUUCUACGCAGUGGCCUCCCUUUACAGAUGCAGUAAGCUAGGGGAGACAAUCGCUGCUCGCAGUUUGUCAAAGUGAAAGUAGACAUCAUAAUUGCAUCAGAGAAAAUAUCAAGAUGAGACGUUUAUUUUGUGGAAACAGGCAUCUUUUACAACAGUUCGUCGGUCAACCGUCAAAACUAGUCAAAGAAAUUCGCGAAAGUAAAACUAUUGGUUUGAGAUGCCGCUACAUGUGCCAAUCUGUGGAGAAAUCCGGAGAGGCUAGAAGUAUAGAUCCAGCAGCCACCAGACAAAGUGGAGUCACAUAUUAUCUAGAUACACUUGCAGUUUCAAAAAAAUUGCUAGAAAGAGGGUUUAAUAGAGAGGAGGCUGAAGCCAUGACAGAAGUUUUAUCGGAUGUUGUUGGGACUGUGAUAGAUCAUCAAACAAAAAUAAUGGUCACAAAACUACAACAGGAGAUAAUGGUCCAGCAGUUACUUGCGCAGAUUGCUUCUGUGAAGAAAGACAUGGUUAUACUAGAGAAGAGUGAAUUCACAAUGAUAAGAAAUGAUACUGAGAAACAAGGAAUUCUGAUUAAACAUUUAGAGGGUCAGUUAGAAGACGGCAUAAAGAAAUUAGAAGGUCAGGUUAAACUGGACAUCAACUUAGAAAAAUCCAGAGCUGUUGAAGCUCAUGCUUUGAAUGAGAAACAGCUCCAGGCUUUGAUAAACAGAAUGGAUGUAGAUCAUGCCAAAACUGAAAAGAAUUUACAGGCAUUAGAAAACAAAAUAGAAGUAUCAGUCUCCAACAUUAGAACACAGAAUGAGAAAAAUAGAAAUGACGUACAAAAAUAUCUAAUGGGGUUAGUUCUAUCAGGGGCCACAGUAUUCUUGGCAUAUCUUCGACUGAUUGCAUGAUGAUUGCUCAUUUUCUCCAGUACUUACAGUGCCAAAUUGUAGACUUUUUAUGACUGAAGAAUCUUUGCAAGAUAAACCACGUCUCUGACAAGUUUGGUUUCUGUGUUAUUUUUCAUAUACAUUGUAAAUGAGUAUGUCCAAUUGUGUUUAUAUACAAAGAAAGCAACUGUGAGGCUUGAGAGUGAAAAAGGUCAAGAGCGGAGGUAAAAAAUAAUAAAUAACGUAUGUAGCCUUGUUUUUACAUAAAUCAAUAAUUAAUACACUUGUAGUAUUAAUUACCAUGUACCGGAUCUUAAAGAUGGCAAAAACAUAGAUGUUGUAUUGUUUCAGCUGCAAACUAGUUGCUGUAUGUAUAUUUAUUUAGGCUGUUCCAUGAUGACAAAACCGGUGUUAGUGACAAAAAAUCAAAAUGGAGAUAACAAAAUAUUCAUGAAGAACAUUCUUUUAUCUUUCAAAUCUGAACUAUUUCAAGAGUUACAAUGAUUUGAAGUAAGUCACCGAAGACAUUUUGAGACGUGACAUUAAGAAUGUCAUGAAAGCAGUAUCACGUCGCCAGGCAUGGCAUGCCUUUUUCAAGUUAUUAAAGCAACAACUUUUGCACAUCACUUACUAAACAUUAUACGUUUGAAUAUUUAGGAAAAGUUUAAAAUGAUUUUACUAAGAAAUAACUUAACCGAAUAUUUUUAGUUUCAUCACCAGCCUUUUAUGUACACACCUCUAUAUUUUCAUAAUACAUGGGUGCUUCGGAAUUUCCAUUGCCAUGACAACACAAAUGACAUUUGUUUGUAAAAUAUGAUAUAAUUUAAUUUUCCUUAGAUAACUGUAAUUACAAUAUACUUGUUUCUAGUUUUUGCAUGAACAUAUAAGAAAAACUACAAUUUUUCAGUAUUUUAAACUGUCAUGCAAUAUUUAUAUUAUGUCACUAAUACUGGUUUUCUCAUGGAACAUCCCAUAUAUAUACACAAUCCAUCAAACACUUUGGGUCCAUACAUAUAUCACAUUUAUCUGCUUAAAAUCAUGGGUUAUUAUUGAUCGUUUUGGCAGGUUUUUCGUCCUACAUGCAGUAUUCUCCUUCAAUCUUUUUACACAGAUAUUUCAUUACUGUGCAGAUGCAGACAAAUAAUUAAUGAUUUUUGCAAAUAAAAGGAAGAAUUGUUUGAGUAAGUUCUUCAGUCUGAGAUAUAAGACAUGAAUAAAGACACAAGUUUCAAUAUCUAAAUCUGUAUUUAUGGCAAAUGCAAGCGAAAUGCUUAUAAUUAUGCAAUUUUUUAUGUUGUUUUUUGUGUUAUAUAUUGUGAUGAUAUUAAGUGUUAAAAUAUGUUUUUAAUUUGUUGAUAAAUGAAUCACCGUUUUCAGUGGGCAUAUAUGACAGGCACGCACAUAGAGUGUCACCAAGGUUACAUAUGUAAAUGUCAGUCUAAUGGAGAUACUAUAAUUGUUAAACCACUGCCUAAUUAUCUGACCUGUCAAUCAUUGGUACAUGUAUGUAUAAUUACUCACUGUGCAUGCAAUAUUGUUUUUAUUCUAACAUUCUGCUCACUGCAUUAGCACUCCAUUGGUUGUGUUUUUCUUCUAGAGAUCUCAGGAAAACUUUGAUAUUAAUUUGAAAUACUUUUUAUUUCAUGGGUAAAGAAAUACACAAGAGUGGAGUUUGCCAUAAAAUAUAAGCCAAAAGUUAUUACUGCCACCUAUAGGGACCUUUAGAAUGAAACAUAAUUUAUACUGGUACUUACUCAAUAAGAAAGAAACACUGUGUAAUGGAACUGGUUUUGGUUCAUGAUAGAACUAGUAUGCUUGCAAAGGCCCCGUCCGACAAGCAUGCAUGCAUGCAUCACACAAACGCGCACCAUUUUGAAUUCCGUGAUAAUCAAAAGAGAUGCAGCCAUUAUUUAUACAUAAGUGUAUUACCUCAUUUUUGAAAUGUUGUUACUAAAAAAUAUUUGAAAACUAUAUACACUUGUCUUAACCCUUAACCUGCUGGCGGCAAGUGAUUCUGCCUUUGCGACCAGUGCAGACCAAGAUCAGCCUGCACAUCCGUGCAGUCUGAUCAUGGUCUGCACUGUUCGCUAUUCAGUCAGUAAAUUUUCAGUGAACACCCCUUCAAAUGAUAAAUGGUAUUGCCCAAAUUGAAUGAAAGACCAGUUCAUUUUAGAAAUUUAGCAGGCUAAGGGUUAAUUAAGUUCAGAUAUACUGUAUCAAGAUGAUAUUAUUAUUUUCAUUAUUAUUAUUAUUAUUAUUACUAUCAUUUGAAAUGUUGUGAACUGAGCUUUUUGUCAAGGUAUUUAAUAUCUGGUUCAGUUGUGAUUGUAGUUUACACCAACGUAUGUAUGUAUUAAAAAAUUCAAAGAAAA